AUGGUGGGCGCGCUUAGAAACGUCCCAAAUCUUGCAAACAUCUACUUCGGGACGAGUACUGGACGCAUUCAAGAUGUUUCACAAUGUCUCAUUGGCUGCCGUGUAGUCAAAGAUGAGCAGUUUGGCACCAUAAAAUACGUCGGUCCCAUCGUUAGCUCUUCGGUCGUUUGGUUGGGAAUUGAUUGGGAUAAUCCCAAGAGUGGCCGUCACGAUGGAACUUUUAAGGGCGCAAAGUAUUUCAACACGCAUCAUCCCACGUCGGGAUCAUUUUUAAAGCCGGAAAAGGCGUCAUUGGGAACUAGUCUAGAGGAGGCCUUGGUCACACGUUAUGGAAUGUGCGCCGAAUGUCAAAUAAUUGCCCGUAAUCCUGCCCUUUUCCAGUCCGGUGAUGAUCCAGUCUCUGGGGUGAAAUUAGAGACUGGCGCCUCCCCAGGCCAGUUAAAGGCCACCAUGGAUAUGAGUCUGUUUGAGGCCGAGUUUAUUGGAGAUGGGGUUUCCAAACCGAGUGCGCCUUUCACUGUAGAAAUCUUUGCUAGUUCGUCAGGCGAAUUAAACAACCACCAGACUUGUGGUGCUGGUGGUGUCAUACAAAAGUUUUCUCGUCUUCGAGUCGCCUGUGUUUCCGGCAUGCCUGUGUAUCGAGGAUUGAGAAGAAACGAGAAUCUGGCUGAAGAUGUUAGAACGUUGUGGCCGGGACCUGGUGGUCAGAUGUCCGAAUACCUUGGCGCCCUUCGUGAGCUUGACUUAUCCAGCUGUCUUAUCUCCAAAUGGGUCGAAGUCGCUAGUAUCUGCAGUCAGUUGCCAGCGCUGUUGAAGCUGAAUGUGGGAUUCAACCGUUUGAGAUUGCCGCCAACAGCAGAAAACGAACUUUUUGGACUUCCUGAGGUGGAGCGUCGUUUGCUACUGGAUAUCGACGUCGAUGUUGCAGUGGCUGAAGAAUUGUGCUCCUCGGCUUUCCCCUCUCUCACUCGCCUCGCGGCCGUCCAUAUGCCCGCAGAAAAAGACGGUGGAACACCUUUUGGCUGGAGUGAAAUAACGCGCAUUCUAGGUUGGAUGCCAUCCUUGAAGGAAGUUUGCAUUGCUUAUAACGAGUUCGGGGAUCUCCCUGAUCCUUCCAUGGGGAUCGGAUUUUGCCUGGCCGAGCUAUUACAAAAACUUACAGAAGUAGAUUUGACCGGAACGGGACAAAGUAGUUUCACACUCAUCUUUUCCACGUUGGGUCGGUCGACCAGGCUAACUAGCCUUGUUCUUAACGUGAAUCGAAUUAGAGAAGUGCAUCUGCCUCGAGAUGUCGUUCUUUUUCCCUCAAUGACCCAAUUGGCUAUCCGCGAUAACCUCAUCAGCGACUGGAAAUCUGUGAAUGCCAUGGCUCAACUUCCUUCUCUUACCAACCUUAUUAUCUCCCAAAAUCCCAUUUUUGCUAGCACUACGCCAGAAACGGCGCGACAAGAGCUGAUUGCUCGUCUGCCGAGGCUGAAGUCUCUCAAUCGGCAGGAAAUUGAACGUGAUGAACGGAGGGGGGCUGAGCUGGAUUUCUUGAAACGCUAUGGAAAGGUCUGGGCCGAAACUGAGAGACAAGACGAAGAAGCGAGGCGUGCGUUCAAAGAGGAGUAUCCUGGGUUUGAACAACUCUGCGAGAAAUACGGUGCUCCUGAGUCCGGUGAAACAAAGAGCGUAGUCCAUGCGUUAAAGGAGAGCCUGGUAGAGCUGACGAUAACUUGCGAACCCCCGAUGGCAGCCAUGAGUCCACGCGAGGUAGUAAAGCGGCUCCCGGCCCGCAUGACGGUGAACCACCUGCGGAGCCUGGUCCGCCGCCUAUUUCGCCUCCCCACCACCGCUGCCAUUGACCUCGUGACGUGGGGUGCGCAACCCGGAUUCGACGAAGUCGAGGUGCCGCUGGACUCUGACACCCGGGAACUCGGCUUCUUCGGCGUCGUUAGCGGUGACCGACUGGUUGCCCGAUGGUCGCCAGAGUCGUAG